AGUUUCCAAUCAUAGAACAGAUUUAAGAUAAUUAACAACAUGAAAGUGGAACUUUUAUUAGUUGCUUCAUUAGCUAUAAUCGUCAGUGUUGAAGCAGGUAAGUCUGAAGCAUACGACCCGGGCAAAGCAAACACCUCGGACAAAGCGAAUAUGAUUAUUUAUACGAUGCCAACAUGUCCUGAAACAGAUCCAGCUACUCCAGUCUACUACCCACACGAAGUAUAUUGUUACAAGUUCUACGAAUGCAGCGAUGGCACUGCUUACGAAUUGGAUUGUGCUCCACCUCUCAACUGGAAUCAAGCUAAGAAGAUUUGUGAUGUUAACGUCGACUGUGGAAAACUAAAACCCAGAAACAGUACCAUUUUGUAUGAGAUAAAUGAUAUAUAAAAUUGAAUAAAUGAUACAAGAAUGGUCAACUUGUUUAAUGCUGUUAGAUCCUAAUUGCAGUUUUAGUAAAGGUGACAGAUUGUAACAACUUACUUUUCAUAAUGACGUAAUUGCUUUCUUAUCACAACUCAUAUUGUAAGUA